UUCUUUAUUGAAACGAACAAAUUCGUCCUCCGUUCGCAUGAAGGGUAGUUAGAUUGCGUCAAUAAUUAAUUAACACAAGAAAUGUCUCGUCAACAGAAUUAGACCAAAGAAAACAGAUCAUUCGGUGGUAUCAUCUGGCCGGUUGACCGCAAUGCAUUUCCAAAAAAUGUGGCCAUUAGCAGGAAUAGUAGUUUUAUGUUUUAAGAUAUGCCUCAUCUGCGCGUACAGGCCAAUCUUUAUUUACCAUGGCAUUCUCACGGGAGCCCCUAGCAUGGAGCAUUUGGUGGCUAGAAUUCAGCAGCUUCACCCAGAUACGGUUGUGUACAACUUCGAGCGCUUCGGCGGUUGGUCCAGUUUGGAAAACGCAUGGCAUCAGGUACUGGAAGCCAAUAGCAAUCUUCAGGCGGUGUGCGACCUCCAUCCGGAAGGAAUCAACAUGAUUGGUUAUUCCCAAGGUGGCCUUCUUGCCCGAGCAGUACUCCAAACGUAUCCAAACCACUGCGUCCGGACGUUCAUUUCUCUGAGUUCACCGCAGGGUGGUCAAUUCGGAGACGACUUUCUGCACCUUAUCUUCCCUUCGCUGGUGGCCAAAACGGCGUACCAGCUGUUUUAUACGUACGUCGGGCAGCACACGUCCGUUGCGAACUACUGGAACGAUCCGCAUCACCAGGAUCUGUUCGAGGAGUACAGCAUUUUCCUGCCGUACGUUAACAAUCGGCUGCUGUCGACAAACUCGACCCAGUUCCGCGAUACCUUGCUGCGGCUAGAGCGGUUGGUGCUGAUCGGGGGUCCUGACGAUGGAGUUAUCACGCCGUGGCAGUCGAGCCACUUUAGCUACUACAACGAAUCGUACGAUGUGGUUCCUCUGCAAGAAACCACUCUCUACACGGAGGAUCUGAUCGGAUUGAAGACGCUGCAUGACGACGGAAAGUUAGAUGUGAUAGAACGGCCAGGCGUGCACCAUUAUCAGUGGCACCGAUCGAACGAUGUAAUCGACAGCGUGAUUAUGCCUUACCUCGACUGAGUGGAAUUUCCUAAUCCGGAACACAGCUUUAGAAGAUUAUAUUUCGUAGUUAGCCCAGGGAAAAAUGCAGGUUUUAGUUGUAACAUUAGAUUUAAUGUUUGUGUACUUUUGUGUGAGACGUGAGUUAAUGUUUUGAAAAAAUGUUAUGCAUUUUAAAAUAAAUUUACCAGGCACA